AUGACCAACAUUCCGUUCGAGCCCGAAGAGGCUCGUCACUGGCUGGGAGACCCAUCCACAAACACGCCUCCGCCUGCCUGGUCUCGCAAGUACUUCCGCUCGGCGUUGCGUGUGGACCAGGUCCUUCUGGGCGACUGGGCGUCUAUCGGCCCCACCCUGGACGUGUUCAAGCUGCCACACACUCUGGCGGGUGUUCGCACUUUACUGGAGAAAUGGAUCGACAUCAUGAAGCCCGAGUACUUCAUGUCGAGUGUACCCAUUUUCUUCGAGUAUCCGGAUGAGAAUGCACCCAAAUCUGCCGCUGACGCUCUGCCGAAUGGUGCGGAGUUGUUGCUGCAGGUUUUGUUGCCUUUGGCCGAGGAGAAAAAGUUGCCGAUCGCACUCAAAUUCGACAGUGUGCGUCCAAUCAACGCUCGCUACGGUGUGGCCGGAGACGGCGUGAAGCCCAGCAACGUGGACAUCCUGAUCAAACUGUGCAACAACUUCCCGCGCGUCAAGUUCCUGGCCACGUUCCUGUCGCGUGUGAACCAGCACGAGGUGACGGUGACGGCCAACAAGUUCCGCAACUUGCAUCUGUACGGCUGCUGGUGGUACUGCAACAACCCGUCGAUCAUCGAGGAGCUGACGCGCAUGCGCAUCGAGAUCCUGGGCACGGCGUUCACGAGUCAGCACUCGGACGCGCGUGUGCUGGACCAGCUCAUCUACAAGUGGAGCCACUCGCGCGACGUGAUCGGUGAGGUGUUGGUGGACAUGUACGAGAAGCUGUUCGCGACGGGCUGGAAGGUGUCCAAGAGCGACAUCGAGCGCGACGUGCAGCGUCUGUUCGGUCAGAGCUACGAGGACUUCAUGGACAAGGAGAUGUAAUUCUGCGAAGAAGAAAACCCUAGAUGUCGUCUAAAAAAAUGAAUCGCAAACUGUUGAUGCA